ACGGUUCUCUGGAAGAUGCACAAGAGGGUGCGGAUUUCCAGGCUGUAUAUAAAAAGGCGUUCGUCCUACGCCAAGCAAGCCAUUUGGUCUUCAGUAGCCUUUUGCUUCAAAGGAGUUCAGAAGCCACCGGCAAAAGGAUUCAUCAUGAACACCCUGGUCUUGCUGUGUGCCGUGGUAGCAGGGGCUAGCGCCUCAACCUUCUACACUGGCAUCUACGGUCACUCAGGAAUCGUCAAUUAUGAUGGCAACAAUGUCCAAUUCACUCCCGAGGAAGCAGCCAACAUCAUCCUUGUCGGCCCUUCUGGCGUUGUGACAAGGGACGGAAAUAACCUGCAGCGUCUCCCAGAUCACAGCAGAAGCAAAAGGAACGUCGGCUACGUCAACAACAAGGGCAGCAUUGGCUACUCCGGAGUGGUGAGGACUGACGGCACCAUCCAAGCCUUCACACCAGAGGACAUCGACAACAUUGUGCUCUUUGGGCCCUCUGGAGUUGUCACCAAGGACGGCCAAAACUGGCAACUCGACGAGAACCUCAACAUCCGUCGUACCAAGAGACAUCUGGUUGGUGAUUCUGGAAUCAUUACCAGGGAUGGUACUCCCGUCCAGUUCAAGAGAGCCGGAGUCAAAAUCCUUCUCGAGGGUCCAUCUGGUUUCCUUUUGACCGACGGCACUCAGGUGCAGUUCCGUUCCAAGAGAGACACUCAAUAUGGCCACUACUUUGGAACCUCUGGCGUCGUCACCAAGGAUGGAAAACAAUUCCAGUUUCCACAUGGUGCAACGGUUGUGAGCGCUGGGCCCUCUGGCGUAGUUUUCUCUAAUGGCCAAAAUAUUCAGUUCUAAAAUGGCUGAGGGCACAUCACAAUACAUUCUGCACCUUUAUUUUAGUAGAAUCUUAGCCUAAUCUCUAUGAUUUCACUUGGUGGUACUCAACUUGUAGCAAUUCUUUCAUGUUGUAUAUACUUUCGAUAAGAAUGAGAGUAAAAUGCAAUUUUCAUUUGAAAAA